AUGUUAUUAAGUACGAUUGCUAUAUAUUUUAUUAGUGAAAUUGUUAUUGCUACUGAGCAAAAAAGCUAUAAAGGUAUAGAAGAGCUCGAAAAAGAAAAGAAUGAUCUUUUUAAGCAAAUCAAUGAAGCUAUAGGUGACAGUGUAAAAUCUCUGCAGAAAGCCAACGAUAGUGACUCUUUAAUAGGCCUCAAAUAUAUGAAAGAUUUGAAAGAACAUAUGAUACGAGUUAAUGUAACUGCUACGAAUAUAAAUCAUACAGUUAAGGAUAAAAGGUUUGCGGAUGAUCUGGAAAAUAGAAGGAAGCUUAAAAAAAUAUUCAAUCCAUCCAAAUUUUAUACAAAUCGAACGCCACACAAAGAUAUAAUUGAUUUUGAAGCUGUUUUGAAACCUAAAAAGGUUUCAGUAACCGAAAGGAGAGAAACUCUGGAAAAUAGACGAAAAAUGCAAAAACAAUUAGAACAAUGGAUACUAGAAAGGGAAAAAGAAAAAGACCGACUGAAGCAAUAUAAGUUAAAGAAGAAGCAUAAAAUGUUAAUGUCUGGAGUUUACGAGAAAUGCCCAGAAUUUGGUUAUAAAGGCAAUAAGAAUAAAGAAAUUGUUUAUAGUGUCAAGAGACUAAACUGCAAGAAAAAGAUUUCUGAUACUGAUUUUGAAGAAGGUCCUAAUAAUUGCACGAAUAAUAAUGACAAAAAUAACAAAAAGGAUGAUAAACCAAGAAGAACUGAACCAUCUAGAAACACAAAGUAUCCAUGUUGUAGGAAAUGUUGUAAAAAAUCUUAUUUGGGAUGUCUU